AUGGACGCGUUAGUUUGUGAAGUUGGCAAAACAUUAUUUUCUUCUUAUCUCAACGACAACCCAACGUUCAGGAGUAUUCGAGAUUACCCGGCUAAAGAUGUUUUUUUUGAGCUUCAACAACUUCAAAAAAUCUUUUUCCCCGACUUUUUCCUUCCACACAAGAACAUCUCACAAUCGCACAUUUCUUUGGAAAUAACAAAAUUGAUCGACCACCUGAUCACUUCAAUUUCCGCAUACAACGAUGAUGACUUUGCAGAGAGUUGUUGUCUUAAAGUCGUUGAAAAUUUGCCAAAAAUAAGAGAGAGUCUCAAAACCGACUUAAUAGCGGCGUAUGCUGGAGACCCCGCUGCGCCUGGUCUUCCGAUAAUCAUUCGGUGUUAUCCGGGGUUUCAAGCGGCUAUAGUUUAUCGCGUCGCACAUGUGAUUUACACGUGCGGAGAGAGGUGGUAUUGCAGAGAGUUAAUGGAGUCUGUCCACGCAUACACUGCGAUUGAUAUACAUCCUGGGGCACAAAUAGGGGAUCACUUCUUCAUAGACCAUGGCGUUGGUGUAGUCAUUGGAGAGACAGCUGUAGUAGGAGAGUGGUGUAGAAUUUAUCAGUCUGUCACACUUGGUGCUAUGCAUUUUCAAGAAGAAGGUGGAAUCAUUAAAAGAGGAACAAAACGUCAUCCCACUGUUGGUGAUUAUGUCACAGUAGGUGCUGGCGCUAAAAUACUUGGGAACAUCACUGUGGGGUCUCACGUGCGAAUUGGUGCCAACUCGUGGAUAUCACAAGAUGUUCCCGAUGGUCAAAUUGUGUAUAUUGGUGAACACCCGACACAUGUCGUUAAGCCCUGUUUAUCUUGUUUGGCGACAAAAAGUGACGACCAAAUUCUUAAACUCCUUUCUCCGGGCCCCAAUUCACCAGCACCACUUAAUUAA